AUGAGACGUUUAUUCCCAGAAAAAAUCCACCACAAACGACAGACGCUACAAGAUAUGGCUAGGCCUUUAAAACGUUGGUUAUACGAGAAUCGUGAUAAUCCUUAUCCUACAAAAGAGCAGAAACAUUCAUUGGCUGUCAACAGUCACAUGUCCUUAGUGCAAAUUAGUAAUUGGUUUGCGAAUGCCAGAAGACGUUUAAAGAAUGUGGUUAAAAAACCAGAAUUGUCCUGGAGUGAACGUGUAGAACUCUAUAACCAAUACGUUGAAGGGGAUGCUGAAUUGUUCAGUAUUAGUUCAGAAGAUGAAGAUUUUGAUGAAGAUGAAGAUGUCCAGAAUGAUGACGAAACAUUCCAAAAUGAAAACACCUUGGUGAUUUCACACACAGAUCUCAACCAAUCAGAUUCUCUUGUUCCAUCUCGAACCACCACUCCUACUUUUGACCAGCGCUCAACAGUCUUUGCAUCCACGACAAGUUUGAAACAUAAACAGACCAUAUUACAACGGUAUUUCAACGAUAAUGCAUAUAUUGAUGCUAUGGGGUUCCAUCCACCUUCAGAAGGUGACCCACAAAGGGUCAUCAAUGUUGCAGAAUUGGUCUGGAACAGACGUGACAGACAUCAAUCUGGGUCUCUGGGGUCACAAGAUUAUGAAGAAAUGUCGACAUCAUCUGCUUCGUCUAGAAUUCAACACCGCAUCCUUGAUGAUUUCCCAGAAGAACAGGAACUACCAACUUAUAGAAUCACCCAACAUCACAGUUUCCAUGAUGACAGUGAUAUGCGCCAGAAAGAAAUGGAUGCCGUCUUUGCCUUGACCUCACUUGCUAAUUCCCACAGAAGCAAACUUCAGGAAAAUGUAACUCCAGAAAGGAGUAAUUUCCGAAUGUAAAUUCAAAUGUGGUACACAAAAGUGCUUUUUUGUAUAAUAAUAUUGUGAAUAGUUUACGAAUAUAUUAAUACGCACAAGAUAUAAUAUAUCAAAGAUGGUGACUUUCAUCAUUGGAAACCCAACAACUUUUACAAAAGCCAGAAUAUUUGUUGGGAGGGGUUUAGCUGGUGAAUUUUUCUUUGAAAAUACCAUAAAAUUACCAUUGUCUUAUUCAAAUUUCACAUGAAUAUUAAUGAGAACUAAAUGGAAAAUUUCUAGGAGAAAAAUAUUGAUAUCAAUUAACUAUGUGCAUAGUAAAAUACCUUUACACCAGUAGAUUCAAGGUAGUUUGUGACGAUUAUAAUGGAUUGAAAAUGUUCUUCAAAAGCGAAUAUUCACACCUAUGUGACAGUAAGUUCUGUGACAGAUGUAGUUGUGUGAAAGCAGCUUUACCCUACCAAGGUGAACUAAAUAGAUUGAAUGUGUAUGUUAGAGCAGGGAUAUUCCUGAACACAGAAUGUUCUACUUCUACUCCUUAUGCUGCAAAAGGAAUUG